GAUGACAAAGAAAACAAAUCUACACGUGACAGACAUGAAGGAUAUCCGUCUGAGGACGCCAGAGAGGAUCAGCUGUGUCCUGAUGAUCCAGAGAGGUUGAAGCAGCAGCAGCUUCUGUGUGGAGAGGCUCUGAAUACAAAGGAAAAGUCAAGUUUCACUCCUGAAAUGCUGACUGACUCUGGAAAGACUUCAUACAGGUUCAGGUGUCCUGGUCCAGGUGUGUUCCAGUGUGCUUUGACUGGACUGAUGUUUGGUAUGACUCAGGAGGCGGAGCUGCUGUACAGGACUGUCCAAUGGGAUGAGAGCCUCCUCCAAUCAGCCGGCAAGACGGCUGCAGGGCUGCUGUUCAGUAUCAAGUGUCCUGAGGAUGCUGUCUGUCAGCUCCACCUGCCGCACUGUGAAACAAAGGACGCUCUGCUGCCUGACGGUCUGCUGUCUGUCGUCCACAUCACUGAUGAUGGAAUGAGCAUCCUCGAGCCGCUGGAGAUUACAGACACUCAUGUGGUUGUCAAAGUCCCUCACCUGUCUGCCUUUGGCCUGGUCUGGGACAUCGUUAAAAGGUUGUGGACAACAUCUGUUUGCGGCCAAGUUCUGCUGUUCCUCGGACCACCGAACCCAAGAACAGAGAGGAAAAUCCUAAAUGUGCUUCUGCUACCGAGUAACAUCCAUCUGGAGGAGGUCAGUAAACAGCAGCAGCCUUAUAAGAACAUCAAGACUGCUUCUAAAUGCAAACUCAUCAAAGAUGAAAGUUACACUCUUGUCUGUCCUGAGGCCAUCAAAAUUCAGCCUACGGAAGAAGAUUUUGAUCUGGACUUUGGACCAAAUUACCAUCCAACAUAUGAGAUCUUCCUGCCUACAAAUGCAGAAGAAGUUAAUUUAACGGUCCAAGACCAAAGAGAGACGGAGGUCUGGAAGCGUGAAGUUGAUCUAACAGGAGACUACAAAACCCAAAGCACUGAUCAUGAACAUGGUCAGCAUUUUGUGGAUCGCCAUCGGACAGCUCUGAUUAACAGAGUGAGCGACACAGCAGCCAUCCUGGAUAACCUCAUGGAAAAGGGGCUGAUCUCAAGUGAGAACUAUGAAGCUGUGAGAGCCAAACAAACCACACACGACCAGAUGAGAGACAUUCUUAAGUUUCUGCCUACAGCCAGAGGCAAAGACGCUCUCUAUAAAAUCCUGAAAGAGAUGAGAAAUAUGAAGGCUCUCCUCGACGAGCUGGAGGGAUCUGGAUAAACGAGCACAACGUAAAAGUAAAAGUGUUGGAGCCUCUGACAGUAACAGCAUAUUUGUCACUGAGAUGACAAAACUGAAAUGUGAAAUGUAAUGACAGCUUAGGAGAGAGCGUAUAUCCUGACAUCAGCAGUGUUGGGAAAGUUACUCAGUACUAAGUAAUAUAUCCUCCUUUAAAAGUAAUAUUCACUUAAUACUGGGAGAUAAAAGUAAGCGCUGAUCUCGACAACCCAGCUGUUUUCUAGCUUUGGACAGGUUUGUGCAGCGGUGUAUAAGUUUCCGCACAUCCGUCGACGGCGCUCUCUCCCCACGAGUCCAGCGUCAGUGACAGCAGCUGCCGGAGUUUCUUUCUGUGAGUGUCACGUCGCUGCUUCAGCAGAUGCUUCAGUAAAUCAGAUGGAGAAAAGUUGGCGAGUUUACAACGGACGACAUGUUCUUUGAAUCUCAGACUGACACAAUGUGUGAAAUGUAUUAACAGGUGAUGACUGAUGUUUGAAGAAUGGAGUAAAGGAAAAUAAUUGAUAAA